UUGUGUUGACAGUUCAAAGUCCGACUUCCGGGCUUCAUUCGGAUUUAAAUUGGCACCCCCUGUUAUAAAACAUGUCCUGGUUCCUUGUGGUUUUGUCGUGGACAGUCCUGGUGUGCAGGGCUGCCGUGUGUCCGUGCGAGAGACCGGAGCUCUGUCAGCCGAUCCGCGGAGAGAGACACUUUGAGGUGUUUGUGUUUGACGUCGGUGGAAAGACGUGGAAGUCCUACAACUGGAGCUCGGUGACGACGGUGGCGGCAUUUGGAAAAUAUGAUGCUGAACUCAUGUGUCACGCUCACUCCAAAGGAGCACGUGUUGUACUCAAAGGUGACGUUCCCCUCUCCUACAUCGUGGACCAAGGAAACAGGACAGCGUGGAUAACAGAGAAGGUCAACUUGGCCAAGAGUCAAUUUAUGGAUGGGAUCAACAUCGACAUCGAGCAAGCAGUGGAGGAUGGCUCGCCAGAGUACUAUGCUUUGACAAACCUGGUCAAAGAGACUACUGAGGCCUUCCACAGGGAGAUCCCAGGUUCCCAGGUCUCAUUCGACGUUGCAUGGUCACCGAAAUGUAUCGACAAGCGCUGCUACGAUUACGUUACCAUUGCUGAAUCCUGCGACCUGCUGUUCGUGAUGUCCUACGAUGAACAGAGCCAGAUCAUGGGCGACUGUAUCGCAAUGGCAAAUGCUCCACUCAAUCAAACACUGAAUGCGUACGACCAGUAUCUGAGUAUGAAGAUCGAUCCAAAGAAGCUGGUGAUGGGAUUGCCAUGGUACGGCUAUGACUACCCAUGCCUCAACCUUUCCCAGGACGGAAUAUGUUCUAUAGCCAAAGUUCCUUUCCGUGGAGCCCCCUGCAGCGAUGCGGCCGGAAGACAGAAACCAUACAAGUGGAUCAUGAAGCAGCUCAACAUGUCAAUGUCUGGCAGGCUCUGGGACAACAAGCAGCAGGCCCCUUACUUCAAUUACAAGGACCAGAAAGGGCAGAUUCACCAGGUUUGGUAUGAUGACCCACAAAGCAUUUGUCCCAAGGCAGACUGGGUGCAAUCUAAAGGUUUGAGGGGCAUUGGCAUGUGGAAUGGCAACAUCUUGGACUACAGCGAUGAACCGGUUGCCAGGCAGCAGACCGCCAUGAUGUGGAAUGCACUCUUAGGAUGCUAGCUGGGAUACACCUAACACUGCUGCAGAAAUUUACAUCACCCCUGAACCCACUGUUUAUUGCUAAGUCAAUAUAUCCCUUUGUAACAGUAAUGGGGUGUGACUUUUCUCUGAGUUCAGGGUUGCAUACUUGCACUUCAGAGUUUGUUGUGGCUUUUAUUGCUGUUGUCUUUGAAUGAAUCUACAUCUCAGACAUUCCUCUGUGCUACCUGAAAAAAAACAAACAAUAUUUUUAAUGUGAUGUAUGCAAACAGAGUAUUUUUGAUUGACCAAUAUUAAGCUUACUGAGAUCUGUGCACUUUAUCUUUUUCAAAAAUAAAACUUCUUCUGAGGAAUCUAUAAA